UUCGGUUUGUAUUCUGCCACGUCAAUCUGACGGAUAUAGUAGGAGGUUCCCGGGUGAAGGAGGUGCUCUUUAUUAAAAGAUGUAGCCGUGUCUCUUAUCCAGCUAAAGUGAGAGGGAAAUACUGAAUGACUAGAAGCAGCUCCGAAGAUCUGACAGAGACCAUGGACACCAAGAAACUUGCUGAGAGACUCGCUGAAGCUGGGCAGUCUCACAUCCUGCAGUUUUGGGACCAGCUGAGCCCGGAGGAACAAGCAGAGAUGAGUCUUGUUGUGGAGAACAUGGACUUCAUUGAGAUUAAUACAUUUUUCCAAAAUGCCAUGAAGACCUCUGGUCAGAUCUCCCAGGAGAAGGUGGACAAUAGGAUGGAGCCGGUUCCCCGAGAGGUUUUGGGCAGCGUAACACGUGAUCACGAGUGUCUUAAAGAAUGGGAAAGAGAAGGCCUGCGCUGUAUAUCAGAGAACAAAGUGGCAGUUCUUCUGCUGGCUGGAGGUCAGGGGACACGGUUGGGUGUGCAAUAUCCUAAAGGCAUGUACGACGUAACCCUCCCAUCCCACAAAACCCUCUUUCAGAUCCAGGCCGAACGCAUUCGUAGACUAGAACAGCUUGCCGAGAAGCAACACUCGAGGAAGUGCUGCAUUCCAUGGUACAUCAUGACAAGUGGCAGAACAAUGAACAUGACCAAAGAUUUCUUCUCACAAAACAAAAAUUUUGGUCUGAAGGAAGAAAACGUGAUAUUCUUUCAGCAAGGCAUGCUUCCUGCUAUGGACUUCAAUGGAAAAAUUAUUCUAGAGGGCAAAGGCAAACUAGCAAUGGCACCAGAUGGAAAUGGUGGACUGUACAGAGCUUUGGGCACACAGAAAAUUGUAGAAGACAUGGAGAAGAGAGGAAUAUCCUACAUCCAUGUUUACUGCGUGGACAACAUCCUUGUAAAAGUAGCCGACCCUGCUUUCAUUGGCUUCUGUUCACUCAAAGGAGCAGACUGUGGUGCAAAGGUUGUAGAGAAGACAAAUCCCACAGAGGCAGUGGGCGUGGUCUCUAAAGUAGAUGGGCGUUAUCAAGUCGUGGAGUACAGCGAGAUCACCUUGCCAACGGCGGAGAAGCGCAGCCCCGAUGGACGGCUCAUGUUCAACACCGCCAACAUAGCCAAUCAUUUCUUCACCCUUCCAUUCCUUCAGGAGAUCAUGAGGACUCAUGAGCCGCAGUUGCAGCACCAUGUGGCACAGAAGAAGAUUCCCUAUGUGAACCCGCAAGGACAGCUAAUCAAACCUGACAAACCCAAUGGGAUUAAGAUGGAAAAAUUUGUCUUCGACAUAUUCCAGUUUGCCAAAACAUUUGUGGUAUAUGAAGUUCUGAGAGAAGAUGAGUUUUCUCCUUUAAAGAAUGCAGACAGUCAGGAUGGGAAGGACAACCCGACUACAGCUCGCCACGCCCUCAUGUCCCUGCAUCACCGCUGGAUCUUAAAUGCUGGAGGUCAUUUCGUUGAUGAGAAUGGAACUCGUAUACCUGCUAUUCCUAGACAUGGACCAGCAGGGACAGUCACACCUGAAGUCAGCCCGAACCUCAAGGACGGAACAGACCUGCCAAUCAAAUGCGAAAUCUCCCCUCUUGUAUCUUAUGGUGGUGAGGGGUUGGAACAUUUGGUGAACGGACGUGCUUUCCAGCCCACUCUGACGAUCGAUGAGAACGGCGUCCACGAGCUCGUGAAGAACGGGCUGUAAACCCGGAGCUCUCCGCUGAACUUAAAAACCAAAAUGAAGUCAUCUUCUUCUUUCUUCCUGUCAGGGUGGAGGAAACUGUGAAAUUCCUGUGCAAUAAAAAUGAGGGAAAGGGCCACACGGCCAGUCAUAAUCAAACGUUUUAUGAUCAAACUAUUUAUUUAUUUUUAUAUCAGUGCACAUUGUUUAGAUUUUUAUUUCUACAACUAAAACAUAAAUGAUACACAAUGUGUGGGUUAAUUAAAAUACUUACAGUUGCAUGAAUGGAUACUGCUGCGAUUUUAGGUACUUCCUGCUUUAUUUGAUACAUUCUAUAAACACAUGUUUAAAAAAUAUAGUAGAAUGUUUUGUCUGGUCUAUGAAUAUGUCUGUCAGUGGCACAUAUGCUUUUCUUCCUGAAAGUGACAUUGAAUCAGACAUCAAAGACGUUUUGGAAGUUUGUGAUCUUUGACUCCCCCAUAUUCUUCUCUUCCUAUCUUAUGCACUUGUUUUGGCUUUCUUGUAAUCUUUAGCAUCUUCUUUUGGAUUAGUCAUUCUCCUGAGCUUCAUGACAUUAUAUUUAUGCACAUUCUUGUAUAACAUUAAUAAUUUUGAGUCAUUUUGUCAGUCACCUUUAUAUAUUGCAGUUUCAAAUAACCAUUUAUAGUUAAACCUUA